UAUGUAAUUGACUAUAGAAAUGAAAAACUGAUACCUAAAACUGAUAUUACAGUAGCCAGUCUUAACAAUUUACGUGAUUUGGCUCUUCUUGUUGAUUUCAUUUUUUAAAUUUCUUCGCAUGGUAAGCAAACACAUUUACAUCCAUUAUUGGUGUGCAGAAAGCAGAAACCUGAAUACCGGUGUGCUAGGGUUAAUACGGUAGUUCACGUUGACCAAAACAGACAAGAAAACGCGUUUUGGAAAAAACAUUUUCGGCAAUCACAGACAUUCGCAUUCAGACGGGAUUAGAUUUCUCAGAGGAGCGCCGAUUUAGCUGAAAAACAGUAGGUAAUUUGCUCUGCAAUUUUUACACAGGUCGUAUGAGAAAAAGACAGACAUGGCAGAUUCGGACGGGAUUAAAAUAACAAAGUAAGUCUGUGAAACUGAAAUUUCUCUAACGACCCCCUGUAAAACUAGUCCCGUCCGAAUAGGGCUUUAGUUGGAAGAUAAGGGGAAUUCAGACUCGUGGUGAGGUCGUUGAAAUUAAACAGAAGGGGGCGCCGUGUAGCACUUUUCUGUUCUGGUUAACUAUUUUUAUGUAUUCGUAUAACCAGAUUAUUCUUAUGUUCACAAAAGGUGCAUAUUAUUAUUCACAUCACAAUACUGUACUUAGACAGAAGUGCAUGACAAGGAUAAAUUCUAUACAAACUUCUCAAAUGAACCUUUUUGAAUUAUUAGACAUACAUUUACAGCAUUUAGCAGACACCUUUAUCCAGAGCGACUUCUUUUUUUCAUACAACUGAGCAAUUAAGGGUUAAGGGCCUUAUUCAGGGGCCCAGCAGUGGCAGAUUUGUGGACCUGGAUUCUAACUCACAACCGUCUGAUUUGUAGCCCAACACCUACCACAUCCCAUACAAUACAUACAAUAUUUAUAUGCUAAUAAUCAUGUUUUCCUCCAUAUAUUGGAGGAAAUAAAAUAUAUAACGUUAAACUAAUUUAAAGACAUGUGACUUCGGGGGACUACAUUUCCCAUAAUGCAAUGGGUCAGCGAUUUCCAGACUGAGUACAAAGGUCUCCUCAUAUAUCUAUAAGAGGUCUCCUGACCGAAGAAGCGCACCAUCUAGGAAAGGGAUGCACUUAUUUCCAGGGAUUUCAGAACAGCGUGACAGAUAUUGCAUCAUCUGGAGAAAUGGAUAACGGAACAUCAAGAAGCGACUCCUAUACACUCCAAGCAGAGCCACCAAAAACCACUUUGUUUAGUAAAGAGCCAAGCGGUAUAACUUACAGAAUCCCAGCUUUAAUCUACAUUAACGAAACACAAACAUUUCUUGCUUUUGCUGAGAAAAGAACAUCAGCAGAUGAUUCUGACGCCACUCUCCUGGUCAUGAGGAGGGGUGCACAGCAGAAUGGGUCUAUUCAGUGGUCACCUGUUCAGGAGCUUGACGCUGCCUGUCUGCCUGGACAUCGCACUAUGAACCCGUGUCCGGUCUAUGAGAAAGAGUCUAAGACUCUCUUUCUGUUCUUUAUCUGUGUGUUGGGUAAGACUACCGAACAUCGCCAGAUUCGCACUGGUAAGAACAAGGCUCGGUUGUGUUACAGUACUAGCAAGGACAAUGGGCAGAAUUGGAGCAGCACAGUAGACUUGACGGAAAGCGUAAUUGGACAUGAGAUUAGAAACUGGGCCACGUUUGCUGUUGGACCUGGUCACGGCAUUCAGAUGAAGAAUGGUAGACUCGUCAUUCCUGCUUAUGUCUAUUAUAUUCAUCGAUGGCUCUUCCUCUUUAAUAUUCCAUUAUGUGUAAAAUCCCAUGCUUUUGCUUUCUAUAGCGAUGAUUGUGGGACCACAUGGUAUUUUGGAGAAAGAGUACGUACUGAGUCUUGUGAAUGUGAGAUGGCAGAGAUUGUAGAACAGAAUUCCAGAAGCAAGCUAUACUGCAAUGCACGCAGCACUAAAGGUCAAAGAGUCGAGGCUUUGAGCGAGAGCAGUGGAGCAGCAUUUGAUAAACCUCAUUUUGCACCGAAGUUAGUAGAACCCUGUCAUGGAUGCCAGGGUAGUGUGGUGAGUUUUGAUGCACCUGAAGAACAAGAGAACUGUUUAACACCAAAUACAAAGACUUGGCUCCUUUAUUCCCAUCCAACUGCCAGAAUACAGAGAAAUGAUCUUGGGAUAUAUUUAAACAAGUCUCCUCUUAGUGCCUCUGGUUGGAGCGAACCGUGGAUCAUCCAUCAUGGCCCAUGCGGGUACUCAGAUCUCACUCUGUGCGAGAAGCCCAAGUUCUUUGCUUGCUUAAUGGAAUGUGGGAAGAAGAGUGAAAAAAUAGCCUUUGUAGAGUUUUCCCUCAGUGAUAUCAUGAACAAUCAUUAGCUAUGUAUACAGGACUAAUAUGCAGCUGUACAGAUGUAUCCAGAUGUAGAUGUAUCAGCAUCACAGCAACGUAAAUACAUUCUGGCGAUGUCCAAUAUCCACAUUAACACAGAAGAGACUAUGACUUAUGUUUAUAUUGUAGUCCUAGAUAAUCAAUUGAAAAAAAACUCGGACAUAAUUAGUCUUUAUAUUUCAGAUAUAGUUACUGAAAUGUAUGAGAUCUGCAUGUGAAUGUAGCCAUUGAUGGGAGAAAAAGCAAAACAAUAAGAUGUUCAUGGCAUAUUGAGCAAAAACUUUUUUUUUACUGUUAUUUAUCAGUGCCAAUGAUAUCAAAUCCAUAUUUCUGUAAUCAUAAAAAAAAAAAAUUACGUAAACAAAAGUAUUAAUGUAAGAUGUACAGAAAUAAACAAGUUUCAACUAUAACUUGAAAAAUCUAUUUCCUUUAAUUAAUAAAAGGGAUCGAAUUCU